AUGGCGAGCCAACCCCCACGGCCCCAACUCAGAAAGAAGGCGAGCUUCCGGGACCGCUUCAAGUCAUGGCAGAAAUCGGCACCUCCCGCUUUGGAGGCAAUUGAGGAACCAAAGCAAAAGUUUGUCUACGAGCCCAAGCAUGCCGCCUCGGACUUUUCUCGCAUGCCAGUGUUGCCAGUGGGCAGCCAGAGACACCGGAUCUUUGACUCCAGGCGAACUGCCCCGUUGCAAAGUUUGCCUGAGGGGACAACAAGACUCAAAGCACGUAGGGGAAGACAGUCAGAAGGGAGGAGAACAGACGACGCAGUGAACCCUCCGCCCCAGUUGGCCCUCCAACAUGAGCUGGCGAGAAGAGAUUCCAAGUCAAAACGAUACUCUUACACUCUGGUAGAGGAUCCGUUGCGGGUUUCCCAAACGGCAGCCGUCCACCAAGUUCCUAUCAGCACCCGACCGAUGAGUUGGGACCAAGCUCCGACAGAGCUCCGGCAGGCAAGCCACACCCCAACAAGACACCACUCUCACAGUCAGCACACCCGGCAGCCAAGAGCGUCGCCAUCGACAGACUUUGAGCUAUUUCUUGCCCAAGCUGAAGCCGAAGAACGCGCACAUCACGAGGUUGUCUUGCGCCAGAUGUCACAGCGCGCAGCGGCGGCUCAGGCGGCUUAUCCCCAUCGGCCUACUGUCCAUCCCAAUCCCCACACGCAAUUUGCGAGUGCGGUGUCGGAUGUAAGCGCCGCCACCACAGCCGUCGGAGGAAGGACGUUCGCCAGUGGCGGAAGCAAGAACAGCAGCCAGAGAAGCAGAGAUGCUGCGUCCACUGGCACCGGGAAUCGAUCGCAUUCGUCUUUUGCCCGUCCUCUCCCAACAGAAGUCUCCCAACAGCCGCUCGAGCAGCCGCCUCAACGAUUGCGCUACAAAGGACAUUCAAGAAAUCCCAGCUGGGCUACUGGUGCGAGUGUGGAGUUGACGAAGCUUGAUACAUUUGCCGCGGAAACCGCGCCCACUGUGCAACCGGUUCAGGUGUUGGGCGUGGAUGAGGCCUUCAAGCCUCCUCAUACACAAGUUGACCAGCCACGAACGUUGAGACGGCAGUCGAGCAUAGCUCAGAAGAUAGCCGAGUACAUCCGACCUUCUCGACAGGUGGACGGCGGUGUUGGGUACCAGAGGAGUGGAUCCAAACGUCAUAGUCAGGCCAUCCCUAAAGUCGAAACGCUGGCCGAGUAA